ACUAGUCCGCCAUGCGUUCACACUGGCCUGGGCCCUAUUCCCGGAGCUCCAUGCCUGCCAGGAUGAUGGGCUGCUGAUCCGUGCUAGUGAGGGCUUCCACUCAUGCCCAUCUCUCCCCAGCCCUUUGGAGACCAGAGGGUGCUCUCCUGCCCCAUCCCCGGGGGCUCAAAGAGAAACAGAAACCAGCCUUUUACUCUAGAUAGAGAAACCCAUCUUACAUGGAAGGGCAGUGUGGGCGGGCCUGGAGCCUGGGGCGGUGGACGGUUUAGCCCACGGGGAGGAGCACAGGUUGAGGUUUGCUGGGAGGAGAGCCUCUGGGCCAAACACUGCUCUUCACUCCUCCAAGUCUUACCUCCAGCUCCUGGACCCAGAGCAGGGACAUGCCCCCAUAUCUCUCCAUCCAGGCCGCACAAGAGACCUGACCUGUUCCCAUCAGCCUCUGACCGCUGACCGCAGCCCAGCCCCUUAGUGCCCCUGGCUUCCUCCCUGGGGACCAAGGGGAGUCAGUGGGAGGAGCUUCUCUUACAGUCAGAAUUCCUUGGUGGAAUGCAGACAGCUGGAGGUCACAGAGUCCUCUAUGAUCUCACCACGAGGGGGAGCAAGGCCACUUGGAAUGAAGUUUCUUUGAUACGUGAGAGGAGACGGAGCAGCUAUGAUGGAUAACCGAAGGACCUGGUGGCAGCAGUGGACCGACAUCAAUAUCAAACCUUUGAACGUCAUGAGGGCCACUCAUGAGCCCUACGCCCGGCCGGAGGAACAAGUACUGAUCAACCGCAGAGACAUCACUAGCACGAGGGAUACCUGGGACAUGCAGGAGUUCAUCACUCACAUGUACAUCAAGCAGCUGCUUCGUCACCCAGCCUUCCAGCUGCUGCUGGCCUUGCUGCUGGUGGUCAACGCCAUCACCAUUGCUCUGCGCACCAACUCCUUCCUUGGCCAGAAACACUAUGAGUUGUUCUCUACCAUAGAUGACAUUGUGCUGACCAUCCUUAUCUGUGAGGUCCUCCUCGGCUGGUUAAAUGGCUUCUGGAUUUUCUGGAAGGACGGCUGGAACAUCCUCAACUUCCUUAUCAUCUUUAUCUUGCUCCUGGGGUUCUUCAUUAAUGAACUCAGUGCCAUCUCUAUCACCUAUACCCUCAGGGCGCUUCGUCUGGUGCACGUGUGCAUGGCGGUGGAGCCUCUGGCCCGGAUCAUCCGUGUCAUCCUGCAGUCGGUGCCUGACAUGGCCAAUAUCAUGACCCUCAUCCUCUUCUUCAUGCUGGUGUUCUCCGUGUUCGGGGUCACUCUCUUUGGUGCGUUUGUGCCCAUGCAUUUCCAGAACAUGCAGGUUGCCCUGUACACCCUUUUCAUCUGCAUCACCCAAGAUGGCUGGGUGGACAUCUACAGGGACUUUCAGAUGGAGACAAGAGAGUACGCAAUGGAGAUUGGGGGUGCUGUCUACUUUGCCAUCUUCAUCACCAUCGGUGCCUUCAUUGGCAUCAACCUGUUGGUCGUUGUGGUGACCACCAAUCUGGAGCAAAUGAUGAAGGCAGGCGAGCAUGGACAACUGCAUCAGACAACCUUCCGUGAGACAGGCAAGGAGGAGGAGGAUGGAAGUAACUACCUGCCACUGGUGCACUGUGCGGUCGCCCGUUUGGAGAUGUCUGGCCUCCCCCAGGAGCCACUUACGGGGGGCAACCUGUCUAACCUCUCGGAAAACACCUGUGACAACUUUUGCCUGGUGCUCGAGGCAAUACAGGAGAACUUGAUGCACUACAAGGAGAUCCGAGAUGAGCUUAACACGAUAGUAGAGGAGGUGCGCUCCAUCCGCUUCAACCAGGAGCAGGAGGAGGAGCUGAUGCACAAGCAUGUGUCCCUGAGCCUGUCGGUGGCGAGUGGGUCCUCCUUGGACAUCCACGACAUGACUUGCCAGCAAGACUUGAUCACUGCGCUCAUCAACAGGGAUAAGGUUCAGGAAUCCAACACAAACCUGCUCCUUAACAAACACAAGGCCAGCCGCUGAGAGGCAGGACGGGAGCCAAGGGACCUGCGCACACACACCCAGCUGCUGCAUCUUCCUGCACCUCUAGUGUGACUUGGCACAGCCUGGUCUGAGCCCAUCCUCUCCCUUACACCUCGGCAGAUGCCUGGGGCUGAGAAGGGGGUGGCAUAUCCAGGGCUUGUACCUGUGAGCCCCAGGUUCAGAGGAAUUCAGAUGGACAAGGAUGCUGGAUGAGAGAGGGAGCCCCACAGCAAGGAUGAGCAGCUAGCGGGGGUGCUGGCUAAGGCAGCCAGGGUUUGUCCUAAGGAUGGGCAUCCCUGGUCCUCUGCAUUAGGCCAGAGCUAGAUGGGGCCUAAGUGGGCUUAAGCACCAAGAGGAGAAAGGUGAGGCCAGUGGGGCCAGGCAUCUGUGUAUUGACAAUAAAAUUUUGCGUUGGGAUCAA